AUGAAAUAUCAUCUGCCCUUGACACAGGAGGUUGAAAGGCUGAAACCCACCUCCCUUAUGAGCGAAGGACAAAGAGAGGAAAAGGAAGAGAACCGAGAAAAAAAGCAUGAAAAUAGGGAAACUACAGAAGAUGGAGGAGGAGGAGAAUAUCUAGAUAUAGAAGAGACAGGGAAUAAGGAAUCAUGUUCCUUCAAAAGACCAAAGUCUGCUUCCUCUCUGGCCUCAAUAUCAGCUUCUGAAAAUUCACAUCCCCACAGCCCGUCUCCUGUGCCCAUAAAGCGCAGGUGCAGCUCAAAAGUAGCUGGUUCAUGUAACCAAGGAGAGUUUCCAAAGCGGCCAGCGAGUGAGACGGAAAUCCAAUUCCACACUCAUCAGCGAGAGGGAAUCCAGAUCUGUGACCACUUUCUUUUGGGGAAUUGCCCUCAUGGGUCUAUCUGUGAGCUCCACCACACUCGCUAUCCCUACCACUGGCAGAUAAAGUGGAAGGAUAGCCAGGUCUGGCAGAGUGUGAAUGACUCGGCUCAGCGACAUCUGGAGAAGCUAUACAGUGACAUUGAGAGAGUGCAUGUUAAACUGAUUGACAAGAAGGCGUUGUCUGGGAAAGUCAACUUGAGUACAUUGAAAAUAGAUCACCAUGGGCCUUUCAGUAAUAUACGGCGGCUGUCCAACACCAGUCAUCCUGAGCAGAACCCCCACUUCCCCACUGAGUGGACAGUAUACUGGGAGGAUGGCAGCAUCUGGAAGAAAUACGAGGAGCCCCUCUCGCAUGAUUUCCUUGCUGCCUUUGAAGACUGCACACAAGAGCAUGUCUUUGAGCUGCGAGGUCACCUCUACACCAUGGACUUCAAGCACAGUCUAAUAUACAACCAUAAUACAGGAAACAGCCACACUAUCCAGCUCCGGCCCACUUAUCGCUCACCCCUCCAGAUGCUGCCACAGCUGUGGACAAUUCCAAGCAGCGCCUCAGACAUGCGUUAUCCUCCCACUUCUAGCAUCCCUGGAGAAGAUCCUACAGAUGGUUACAGGGGCCCAUAUCCUGCCUACUGGAUCAAGCGUCCAGAAGGCAGUGUCCCAUUUGUGCAGGAGGAGGUGUUGCCAUCAGAAGCAGCGUACCACAACAUUUACACCCUCUUCCACAAGUCUCUCUCAGAGGACAAAGUUCUUCUACUCUCAGUUCACAGGAUCCGGAAUGACUUUCUUUGGCAAAAAUACUGCAGCCAGAAGGAUUUAAUGUCACAGAGCCUCUCAGCACAGGAGAAACUGAGGCUACAGAAGCACCUCUUCCACAGCACCUCAGCCAAACGCCUGGGCUUCACCUGCCAGAUAAAGUUUGACACUCACCUCUCAGGAUCACAUAUGUACGGCAGAGGUUGCUAUUUCACCGUGAGGGCAGACCAGGCUGACCGCUAUGCCCAGGCAGGAAAGGGUGGGCUGCGCCACAUGUUCUUGGCCAAAGUAUUGGUCGGCAAAUGUACACGCGGGAAAAAGCAUUACUGUCAGCCUCCACAAACAGAGUCUGGUAGCAAAUGCUUUGACUCAUGUGUGGAUAACGUGGCCAGUCCAAAUAUUUAUGUGAUCUUCAACAGUUACCAAUGCUAUCCCUACUUCCUGAUCAGCUACAAACUCUUAUCUGACCCUGUGGUGCUAGAUGAUUGAUGGACAGCUCAAGGAAGAGGGGCAGUUAAUGCUCACUAUGAAUAUGCAGCUUCACUGAUGAGGACACACAACCCUUCCCAGGAGCAGCAUACCAUCCUUUCCCUCCUCCACACCCCAUCUCCUU